AUGUUGCCUCUGGACUCGCUUCUUCUCCUCAUCAGCUUCCUUCAGCUAAGAACCGUGAUCGGCAGUGAUUUUUCCGUAAUGAGUUCUGAGUUCAAACAGUGUGUUCGCGGUGCCCAGCAGCCCAAGUUGGGAGAGUGUCUAGGUCGAUCAGCCUUGAAUUUUAUUCAACGAUUGGAUGAGAGCGAAAAUGUUCGAUUUGUGGAGGAUUUCGUGACGGUGAAGAGUGAGGGGCCAGCGAUGAGAUCACUGGCAAAUGUUCUCGACACAGAUCCCGUGGACUUUCGUGGAAUUUUAGAGAACGCUGGGGCCGUGAUGGGUCAGCGGAGUCUCGAGUGGCACAUGGAUGGAUUGUACCCGGGUUUAAUGUUCAAGAUUGGACCCACAGCGGAUGCUAAUAGUGUGGCUGAAUUCGUGCUCGAUGGGGCAGGCCAAGGGGAGCGACAGUUUGGCUUUGAAGAACCAACUACAGGUCGCCUCUUGGCCAAGCAAUAUUUGCUUCCGUUUCUCCUUGGCUUAAAGUUCAACCUGGUGGCUUUGGUUCCCCUGCUCUUUGCCGGCAUUUGUCUGCUACUCAAGAAAUCAUUAUUUUUGGUCAAGUUGGCGGUGUAUGUGAGCAGCUUCCUAGGACUAGGCGGAAUAAUGGGCUCCUUGGGUGGUUUGAGCGGCGGAGGAUUUGGUGGUUUCGGUAGUUUUGGUGGUCCCAACUUCGGUUUCGGUGGUAGCCUUCAUGGUGGCCAUCGACCAGUCGGACAUUUUCCGGGUAAAACCACAGUUUUUGGCCACGGCGAUGAGUUGCAUCAUCAAUACGAUGUUCAUGAGGCAUCGCCAUACCGCCGGACGGAGAGAAAAGUUCGAUUCGAGCAACCGCGAGUGGCAGAGUUGAUACCGUCUCAAACGAAUCCAGUUCAUAAGUCUGUCCACAAAUCACCAACCGAAGACCGUUUCUAUGAUUUCGAAAAUCAACGAAGGGCGAGCAACAAAUUACACGCAGCCAGCUUGGAACAGGAGGGAGAUCUUCUGAUGCGAAACUUUCAGGAUGCCAGUGGCAUGAAGGGCUGGCAGGCGGUGGAUAUGUGGGGAUGCUUGACCACCGAAACGGAGCGAUUAGUGGAUGCAGCCGCACGGGAUAACAGCACCUGGGAGAUUAGUGAUUACCUAAGCGUUGAGCCGCAGACCGUGCAGGAGAGCAGCAGAAGACGAAUGGAUACGGAUGGAUUGGCCGGGAAGCUACUGGAGCUGGUCCAGGGAAGAGCUCUGCGAGUCAAGUUACCACGACAGCUGACCAUUUCCAAUGCCAUCGAUGACUUUGGCAAUGAACUGGGCCUUGAUCAAGGUCGCAAAAAGAAGGACAAAGACAAGCACAUGGCCAUGAUGGGCGGCAUGAUCAUGGUGGCCACUCUGGCCCAAAUGUUCCUUGGCAAGGUCAUCCUAAUCGCCGGCUCUGCCUUCAUAAUGGCCAAGAUUGCUCUGGUCAUAUCACUGCUGGGCAGUCUAAAAAAGGGUUCGACUGGACACAGUGGUAGUGGUGGUGGCGGCGGCGGUGGAGGUACGGAGCACGUGGUGGUCCACUCCAGUCACGAGAGCGGCUGGCACCGCAGCAUGCCCACCCAUGACUAUGUCUCCUCCCAGCUGGAGCAAGUGGAGGAGCCGCCAUUGGGAGGACCCAUGGAGUUCUAUCAAGCCUAUCAGAUGGAGCCGCUAAAACGACGCCUGCAUCAGGCGGAAGUUAAUCCCCAGCAUCCAGUGCCGGAGGCCACCAAACCCACCCGCGGGUUUCUAUAG